GGGUGGCGGGACCGGAUGUGGCCGUGGCAGCUUCCGGCUAGCUCCGUGGCAGGGCCGGGGCGGCGGCGGGCGCGGAGAUGGUGCUGCUGACCAUGAUCGCCCGCGUGGCGGACGGGCUCCCGCUGGCCGCCUCCAUGCAGGAGGACGAGCAGUCAGGCCGCGAUCUCCAGCAGUACCAGAGUCAAGCCAAGCAGCUCUUCCGCAAGCUGAACGAGCACUCUCCCACCCGGUGUACGCUGGAAGCAGGAGCCAUGGCUUUCCACUACAUCAUUGAGAAAGGAGUGUGCUACCUGGUCCUGUGUGAAGCUGCAUUCCCCAAGAAACUGGCCUUUGCCUAUCUGGAAGACUUGCAUUCGGAGUUCGAUGAGCAGCAUGGCAAGAAGGUGCCAACAGUCUCCAGACCCUAUUCCUUCAUUGAAUUUGACACCUAUAUCCAGAAAACCAAGAAGCUCUACAUUGAUAGCCGGGCGAGGAGGAACCUGGGCUCCAUCAACACAGAGCUGCAAGAUGUGCAGAGGAUUAUGGUGGCCAACAUUGAGGAAGUCUUACAGCGAGGAGAGGCACUUUCAGCUCUUGAUUCCAAGGCCAACAACUUGUCCAGUUUGUCCAAGAAAUACCGUCAGGAUGCCAAGUAUCUGAACAUGCGUUCCACCUAUGCCAAGCUGGCUGCUGUAGCUGUGUUUUUUAUCAUGCUCAUUGUCUAUGUCAGAUUCUGGUGGCUGUGAGCUGAUCACAGUCACCCAGGAGGGAAAGCCUGGCAGGUGUAUGUGUGCAGGACACUGUUCACGGGGGAUGUGCAUUAGAAUCCAUGCAGGACCAUCACCUUUAGGGGAGUGUCCUGAAAGUUGUUGGGUGACACCUGACUACUACAGCUCUUAGUGAAGCCUAACAAUAGGUGUAAAGGCUUGUUGACUACAGGCUUUUCCUCUGAGGCAGUUUGCACUGGGGUACUGCAGCAUUUGGCCUCCCAUGGUCCUGCCCCCUCCCCGGGGGCACACCCUGGGGACAGUCAAUCCAUGUGGUUUAGCAUAAUCACCUUGUAUGUCCUCCUGUUGAGUAGCUCUAGUGGGAACUGGACUCUAAUGAACAUUCCUUGUGUUGGCAAUGUUUGGGUUUUUUUAGAAUCUGGGUCUGCAGGUUUUUUUUUUAAGACAAAACUCCCCUGUUUGAAGGCAAAUACUGCACUGUACAUAUAAUAGCUUUCACCUCUUGUCAGAAUAGCUAUUGUUGAGCUUUCUGUGUCUGGUUUCUUGGCUUGUUACACUUCAAAUUGUUUUAGGAAGAAAUGGAUGUUAAAUUAUGCCUUAAAAUACAUUCUGUCUAGUACUAGGAGGGGUAAUUCCUGAGUCCUACAAAAUAAAACUACAGGUUUCUAAGUGUCCACUUUCCUGACAGCUGUGUAUGACAGUGUGUUUCCAUGUGAACAGAGUGUGUGAUUCAAUGCUGGUGGAGUGGGCACAGUACAAACUAUGUAAGCACUCUGUAUUUUUCCCUUCUGCAGAUUCCUUAUGUUAUUUCCUUCCUUUUUACAACUGUACUUUCCUUCCAAAAUGUGUCAAAACUGCCAGCAUGUCAUCUCUGGGAUGCUUGUUUUCUUUUUCCCUCUUUUGCUCACCCAAAACAACCAAAAAACCCCUAAAACUCUGAAUGUUGUUGUGAAGAAAAGGCAGUUUCCUUAAAAAAUGUUUAUAUAAAGGAUUCAAAAGGAUAACUUUAAAACAGUAGAAUCCUUUGGCAACAGCACCUUUUUUUCCUGUGACCACCCUCUCCUUACCUCAGUUGGGAAGUUGAAACUAGGUGAAGAAAAAAACUCAUUGUGGGACAAUGAUAUAUAGCUGCUUAUUUCUCAUGCACCAGAUUAUAUAUUUCCAGUGUAAUGUGAUUUUUUUGUUUCUAUUUUUUUGCUCCACUUGUCCUAAGAAUAACAUUUCACCAGACAGGUUUUUUGUUUGUUUGUUUGUUUUUUGUUUUGUUUUGGUUUUUUUUUUCAUUUAAAAAAAAAAAAGGAAAAAAGAGAUAAAAGAAACCCCACAUCUCAGGCACUCUCCUGCACUCAAGUGUCUGCUACUUGGUAGGAAGCAGGCAGUGUCACAGAAGGAAUUUUCAGGACUCCCAGCACCUUUUACAAGCACAUAAUCUUGUGUAGUUCUGGAUGUAUAAACUGUGACCUGGAAGUGUUUUCCUGCCACUGAGUUGGAAACGGGGAGCUUGUUCUCCUGUCUGGGAAUGCUCUCUAGCUUGGCAUUGUGUUGGACUGGCAGGGAAGCAGUUAGCACUUGUCCACCAUUAAAUGUAGCAAAUCUGAUCUGCCGUGUAGUCUUAAAAUCAUCUGGUUACUGCAUGAUGCCUCCAAGUGUUACUGUGUAGAUUGCUUUAUUAUUGUUAUUAUCAUCAUUAUUUUUAAUCUUUUAAGUGGUGUCCCUAAGAGGUGAAUGUCCCGGUCAUGUAGGCCUGUGCAAUGUAGAUGCUGGAAGGUGAGCAACUGUACAUGGAUUGUCAUGAUUGAGGGGAGGGAUGUUCUGCAGCAACAGGCAGCUCAGGGAGCAGCUGCCUCCUGCACCCCCCACCUCAGCAGUGAAAUAAAUGCUUCUGAAACAUC